GGAAGCUGUUUAGGUAAACAAAUUCUAGACUUUCAGUAAUUUAUACAAACUCAGUCAUCAAUGGAGGGCAGCAGUUCAUCCCUACCCUCCAUCAUGACAGUUUACAUCAAAGAGGAGCCUGAAGAUGAGGGAGAGGACAUAACUGUGAAGGAUGAACCACUUUGCAGUGAAGAAUAUGAGCAAACUCCACUUCCCUCAUCUUGCAAGCCAUGCAAGAAAGAGGUUCAAGUUGAGGCUCACAAGGCCUGCACCAGCGCCUCACAGUACACUGCUGCCGUGCCUCAUAAGCAGGAUAGCACGUGCAAUGCCCAGGGCAAAAUUGGGCAGGAUAAAUGGAUGAGUGUUUAUCCUGAAAGCAAGGCAAAAGAGAUGUCUGCUUCUGAGAAAAAUAUUUUGUUGGGACCCAAUAUUGCAGGUGCAGUCCAAGAAGUUCUUUUUGAUCAGCCUGCAUCUGAGUUCAAGUCUUUGGAACACAACUUGACCAACAAUGACCAUGCAAGAUUAACAAGGAAAUUGCACAAAGUUUCCUCAUCCACUGAUUCAUUACAUUUCAAAGUUCCUUCAAAUGCCCACCAAAUUGACGAACAUAAUUUUGAAACUAAAUUAAAAUGUGGAUCAUGCGACUAUGUUGCAUCAGAAAAAAUAUCUCCAAAUGCAUUUCUCUUCUAAACAUGGCUUGGGGGAAGGAUUCAAAUGCAAGUUGUGUGAUUAUGAAACUGGCAGACAAGUACGUCUCAAAGAACACACUUUUUCUAAACAUGGUAUAGGGAAAGGAUUCAAAUGCAAGUUGUGUGAUUAUGAAACCGGGAGACAAGAACUUCUCAAAAAACACAUGUUUUCUAAACAUGGUUUGGGGAAAGGAUUCAAAUGUAAGUUGUGUGAUUAUGCUACUGGUCGGAAAGUUCUUCUCAGCAGGCACCUUUGUUCAAAGAAUGGUUUGGGACGCUCAAAAUGCAAGUUAUGUGAUUAUUUUGCACUUGAUAAACUUCAUUUAAAUGAGCACUUGUUUUCUAAGCAUGGGCUGGGUAAAGGAUUUCAAUGCAAGCGUUGUGAUUAUGUCUUCAGUAGAAAAGAUGCUUUUGAUAGCCACAUGUUUUCCAAACAUGGUUUAAGGAAAGGAUUCCCAUGUGAAUUUUGUGAUUAUGUCACUGGUAAGAAAUGGUAUCUAACAAAGCACCUAAAAUCCAAACAUGUUCUGGAUUAUGAAAAAUUUAAUAGUACAAGUAGUGUUACUGUGUCUGCUGACAAUCCAACCUAAGCUUUGUUGAGGAUGUUUGGUUAAAUUCAGUUUGUGUGUACAGGUUACCUACUGCUGAUAAAUAUCAGACGAAAUGUGUACAUAUUUAUGGCAGUUGUUUGGUAGAAGUAUUCCAUAUUGUGUUUGGUCAUUAUGACACAAUCAAAUUUGAAUGAGACUCCCUAACAAUGCACCUUCCAUGUCAAGAAAUCAAGGAGGGCUUGAUGCUCUGUAAUCAGGUCUGUCUUCUCAUUUUGUGCUACAAUUUUAAAUAGAAUCUUUGUUAGAUGGGAUACUGUGUGAGAUGCAUUCUGCUCUUAUAAUUGGUAAUUCAGUACUUUGAAAUUUCCAGGAUUAUUUGUACUAAGUACUUGGUCAUUUUCAGUACUCAUUUAUGGGAAAGGCCUCUCCAAUAAUAAACUUCUUAGUGUCAACAAUAGUAACCUCUAAUUUGAGGCAACUUAUUUAAAUUUGCUAGAUUGAAAAUAACAUUUUCCAGGUUGAAUAUAGUUGAGGUUUGUGAUAAUGAUUUCUUAAUGUAAAUUUUUGGCUUACAUAUUUGACUUUGAAUUCAAGUUACACAAUCUUCAGCUAUAGAUAAUAUCUACUCCAUGGGAUGGAAAAAAAUAUAUAAGAUAUUUACUUCUGAGAAA